AUGGGCGUUUCGCCUGAGCGCAUCGCCAUAGCUGGCGACUCAGCCGGUGGCGAUAUGGUCGUACUUGCACUAGUCCAACUCAGGGAUAAACGGAUUCCUCUCCCAGGGUGUGCCUGUCUGCUAUCUCCUUGGGUAGAUUUGACUGAUAAAGUUGACUACUUCGAACAGACUCCCCAGCAAACUCCCAGGGUGGUUGAAUUCGCGCAACUUGCAAUUGGUGACAUCUCUGCAGACGAUCCACGCAUCUCGGCCAUGUAUGCUGAUCUCAGGGGUUUGCCUCACAUGCUGAUACAUGCAGGGCAAGCUGAGCUCCUCCUCCCCCAAAUCGAACGCUUUGCAGCUAAGUUUUCAGCUCAGAAGUCGGAGAGCGUCGAACUUCAAUACCGCGAGUUUGAGGAUAUGGUUCAUGUGUUCCAGCUGUUCAGCUUCUGCUGUGGGCCAGAUGAGGCUCCCAAUCGCUCGUUGUCGGAUAUUGCCGAUUUUGUGAGUGCCUAUGGGUAG